CCCCUAGUUUUCAAGCCAAAAAUGGCGAAGUGAAUUUUUUUCGACCCCUUUGCAAGUAUAUUUCGGAUAUUUUGUGAAGCGCUCGAAUUAAACGCAAGGGAUCGACCUUUCCGCCGGACAGUGAAAACGCAGUGCAGCGGACCGGCCGAGUGAGCGACCGGCAGAGCGCGACCAGAGCGUCGAGGAAUCCGCAGAAUGUGGAUCCAUUGGCAGAACGCCACCGCCGCGGCGGCUCCCAUGGGCGCACCCCCUCCGCAGCCGUCGGUGCCGCCACCACUGCCCGACGCCCCGCCACCGCCGCCCCCGGCGGACGGGGUCUCCGCGGGAGGAGCAGCUGGAGCGGCUGCCCAGAACGACAGCAGCAGUACCCCAUCCACCGCCGCCGCUGCGGGCGCAGCCUUCAACCCCUAUGUCAGCGGACAGGCGGCGGCGGAGGGCGCGGGGGCCGGCAACCCCUAUGAGCAGUACACCGCCGCCCAGUACGCGGCCAUGACCCCGGAGCAGCAGUACGCCCUGCAGCACCACUGGCACCAGUGGCAGACCUACCAGGCGGAGUACGCCAAAUGGCAUGCCCAGUACGGCGAGCAGUACAAGCGUGAAAUGGCCGCUGCCGCCGCCGUGGCCACGACUACAGGUAUCCAGGGCGUCCCCGCGCCCGUGGCAGCUGCUCCCUCGCCAGUUCCCACCCCCGCGGUGGUCGCCGCACCUGGCCCACAGGCCUAUCCCGUGGCCCAGAACUAUUACCAGGCCGUCCCGGCUUCGCCGGCUCCUUCCACCACGCCGAAUCCCGUGCUGGGCGCGCCACCGCUGCCCGGAAAGAUCAUGGCCCAGCCGCAGUUGUACAACCAGCCGCCGCCGCCGCCACCCCAGAAGGGCGGCUACAACCAGCAGGGUCAAGGCAAUGACAACCGAGGCAUGUGGUCGGCUGGACCGCCGACCAUGCAGCAGCCGCCGCCCAACAGAUAUGGCGGGCAAGUGAACCACAUGAACUACAACAGCGGCGGACCAGACAACCAGGGCUACCCCAACCUCCAGCAGCCGCCGCCCUCGCUGCAGAGACCGCCACCACCGCAUCAGCAGCAGAAUAACAUGGACAACCAGUGGGGAAACAACAACCAACGCGGUGGCGGAGGCAGCAACAACUGCCGUCCGCCCUGGGAAACCAGUGCACCGCCGUCCGAUAAUUCCGGGCAAGCAGGUCGCUGGGAUGGUCCGCCACUACAGAAUGACAUGAACAAUCGCUGGAAUGGACCGCCACAGGCCAACAGCAACAGCGGUGACAGCAACAAUCGCCGUUGGGACGGGCCCUCCAACCAAACGCAGUCGGGCGGGGAUCAGCAACAGAAUCGCUGGAUGAGCGGACCCCCACCCAGCGAUGCGAGCCAGAAUCGCUGGAUGAGCGGACCACCGCCGAGCUUGAACGACCAGCAGCAGGAUAAUCCGAUUUCGCGCCAGAACCGCUGGCAGAGCAACAACUCCGACAUGGACGGACCACAGAUGCGGAAUAACAAGCCGAACCAAUUCCAGAACAAUCGAAAGAACUGGGGGCCACCAGACGAGCAGGGAGGUGGAGACGGCGGCAACAACCAAAACCAGAAUGCCGUGCGCAAUCAGAAUCCAUUUAGCAAGAACUCGCAGUCCGACUAUGACCAGGAUCAGCCGUCUGGCAAUGGCAACAACUUUGGCCAGCGAACAGGCAACUACCAGGGCAACUAUGGCAAUAGUUACAAUAACCAGGAUCAAGGAGGAGGAGGCGGCAACUUUGGCAGCGGAGGAGGAAGCAACUUUGGCAGCGGAGGAACAGGCAACUAUGGCGGCAGAGGCGGAGGCUCAGACAGCUUUGGAGGUCGGGGCGCAGGAGGAUCAGGGCCGGACAACUUUGGCAAUAGCAAUAGUAAUAGCUUCAAUAACAACAAUCGCCGCCAGAGCAAUCGUUGGGACACAAAUCGCAACCAAAACCAAAAUCAGGGGUACUCCGAUGAGAGGGGCGGCGGAGGAGGCAGUGGCGAUUCUGGUCCCGGAGGUUUCAACCAAAACCGUGGCAGUUUCAACCAGCGGAACAGCUUCAACCAGCAGAAUGCCCCCUACCAACAUCAGUCCCAAUUGAAAAAUCAAAACCAGAACCGCAACCAACAGCAGGCUUCCGACCUGGACGAGGCCAGCUUCGACCGCCUGUUCGACCAGUGGGAGCAGCAGUUCGAGGACUGGAAGCGGGCCAAUGCCAAUCAUCCGGACCGCGAUGAGUACCGCCGCUAUGAGGAGGAGUUCGAGAAGCAGCGCCGUCGCAUUGCCGAGCGAAGGGAGCAGAUGCGCCGCCGUCGCCAGCAGCAGAUGGGUGGCUCGACAGGACCGGGCUCGGCCACAGACAUACCGAAAGAAGCUGCAGCCGCCGGAGCAUCCCAGCCCGAGGAGCAGGAGUCCAAUGAGGAUCCAUUCGCAGGCCAAGGCAAUUACCCUGACCAGGGACCACCCGCACCGGGACCAGGCCCUGGACCCAAUUACGGUGACCAGGAUAGAGGACCCCCAUUCGGACAGGGCAAUAGACAACCAGGACAUCCGGGUGGUUUUGCGAAUGAGAAACGCGCCGGAGCUCCCGGAUUCAGGGGCAACCAUGGCCCACCGCCAGGAGUACAGAGCCAAUACCAAACCGCCCAGAAAGCCAUCCAGGAGAAGUUGGACCAGCAGCCAGGCCCCGAGCCGGGCAAGGGCAACCAAGCCAAGCCACCGGGACCUCCAAUUGGACCCCAGAAGCCAGCAGUACCAGCUCCCCCACCAGCUCCACUGAUUGGUUCCGUUCAUCCGGCCUCCCUACCGCCGCCCGAAGUUCCAGCUCCGACUCCAGCUCCACCAGUGGCUCCUGCCCCGCCGGUGGCUCCGCCAACGCAGCCUCCUCCGAUCUCCACCAACCUCGGCAAGCGGCGACAAGCGCCUGCGCCUGAUCCUGCCCCAACUCCUGCCAAGCAGGUCAAGGAGGAGCCCAUAUUCACGAUUUCCCUGGACGACGACGACGACGAGGAAGAGGACGAACAGCCGGCUACCGACACGCCCAUGGGCAGCAUCUUCAAGAAGAGCGAUGGCAUCCCGGGUCUGGAUUUGGUGGCCGAUGGCAGUGGCAAGAACUCGGCCUCGGUCUUCGAUGUGGGGCUCGGGGACUCGGAGCAAGCAGAAGCGCCUGCCGCCACCGCUAACCAGUCGGGACCCGCGACCGCCAGCAAGAGCAACGAAUCGCUGAGCAAUGCCCUGAAGGACCCGAACUUCCUCAACAAUCUCACCCAGGCGGUGGCCAAUGUCCAGGAGCGCGAGCAGCGCGAUCGCCAGGAACCCCAGCAGCAGCAUGAGCAGGAUCAGAAUCAGGAAACGGGAUCGGAUGGUCGUCCGCUGUCCUUCGCCGAGUGGCAGCGCAAGAAGAACGGCGGCAACGACAACAAGUCGCAGGAUUCCCGCGACUCGAUGAGUCCCGGUGGCAGUGAGAUGCCGGACAACAGGGGACCACCCGGUGGCUUUGGUCCCGGGCACGCUCAGGGUGGCGGCCCGGGAGCCGGCGGCCCCAGCGCUCGGUCUCGUCCAAAUUCCGGACCUGGACCGGGCUCCAACGACAUGCAGCGCUUCGACAACUUCGGAUCGAACCAAGUGCCGGGCAGCAACUUCAUCGACUUUGAAGGCAACGGGCCCGGCACCGGCCCUGGCCCCGGCUUUGGGCCACCAGGCAGGAACUUCGGACCCAACGGCCCAGGACCACGGGGACCCAACUUCGGGCCCAACUUUGGUCCCGGGGGACCGCCUUUCGGACCCAAUGGUCCCGGGGGACCAGGAGGACCACCGUUCGGCCCCAACUUCAGACACAAUGGCCCCAAUUUCGGGCCCAACUUUGGCCCGAACUUUGGACCGGGUCCCGGUCCACGUAACUUCGGACCUCGUGGACACGGCGGUCCCUUCGGUGGUCCGCGGCGCGACGACUUCGGAGGCCCUCCGUUCGGCGGCCCAGGACCCAACUUCGGACCUUGCGGACCACCUGGACCGCGGGGAUUCAACAACGGCGGACCAAACAGUGAUAACCCCUUCCGCCGGCAGGGCGGAGCACCAGGUCCCGGCUUCGGCGACGAUGACCUUGGCGCAGGGCCACCAAGAGGGCCCAGGAAUUUCCCGAACCGCAACAGCUUCGGCGGAAACCAAGGAGGACCGAACAGCCGGAAGCACUGGAACGACGGGCCGGAGCAACAGCAGCAACCAUUCCCCAACCAAAACGAGCCCAUCUAUCGACCGAUGAAGGUGUUCGACUAUUCCAACAACCAGCCGGCCGCCAGGGUGAUCGAUUACGGCCACAAGUCGGGCGAUGGAAACCCCAUCGAACGGCCUUCCGGCCCGUCUCCCGCCGACAGAAUUCCGGAAUUCAGAGCCGUGAAGACCUUCGAGUAUGGCCACUCCUCGUUGUCGGGACCGAACCGCAUGGGAAUGCCAGGAGGAAUGGGCAUGGGAAUGGGGGAAGGAGGUCCGAGUCAAGGAAUGACAGGUGGUGGCCCUAACAGAGGAGGACCAGGAGCCCCGAACAGCAAGCGAAAGAAUAAAAAAAGAAACAAACAGCAAAGGAAACAACAGCAGUUGCAAUCGGUUUCCUUUGACGAAUGCAGCUCCUCGAAUCCCGGACAGGAUGAGCAGCAGCAGCAGCAACAGCAACAGGAUGAGUCCCAGGACCAGGGCGACGAGUUCCCGGCGAAUGAAGGCAAUGAUCUUGAGGACAUUUCCGAUGGAGAAGACAAUCUCACCCCACUGGAUGGCGAGGAUAACAACGAAGAACUGCCACCGCCGCCAUCGAUUGGCAGAUGGAAUCAGGGGAAUGCCCCGGAGCAGUUCAACCAAAGUCCGUUCAGUGCCUUUCCCGGCCGGCCAUUUGGCGGCGGAACGGAAAGAUCGGCUCCGCCGCCGCCAACCCUGUCGCUUUUCCCCUCGGCAGCCAAUGCCAACGAGAAGAUCCCCACUCCAGUGACGGCUCCGCAUCUGGAGAUGUGCGUGCCCACCAACGAGAAUCGCAACACCAUCUCGGUGGACGAGGUGCUCUUGAAUCCCGGUCGCCAGACCCGUCCCAAGCGCAUCUGUAUCAUUCUGCGCGGUCCUCCGGGCUGCGGCAAGUCGCAUGUGGCGCGCCUCAUCAAGGAAAAGGAGCUGGAGAUGGGCGGCGCCAACCCGCGUAUACUCAGCAUAGAUGACUACUUCAUCAUAGAGAACGACUACGUGGAGAAGUGUCCCAAGACGGGCAAGAAGAUACCCAAAAAGGAGAUCCUGUACGAGUACCACGACGCCAUGGAGGAGACCUACAUGCAAUAUCUUAUCAAGUCGUUCAAGAAGACGCUCAGUGAUAAUCUGUACGAUUUUAUAAUAGUGGACUGCAACAACAACUCGCUGCGCACGCUGAACGAAUUUUAUUGCCACGCCAAAGACUCGAAUUUUGUGCCCUACAUCGUGGACCUGCACUGCGAUCUGGAGACGUGCCUGGGCAGGAACUCACACCAGCGCACCGAGAGCGAGAUCCAGGUGGUGCUGGACAACUGGUGCAACACACCGCUGCAGUACAUCAAGCUGGACGUGAGCACGCUGCUCGAGAACGUGGUCGAGAUGGAGGAUGUGGAGGACAUGGCUACGGACGAUAAUGCCUGCGCCGACGACGGGGAGACCGCCGGAGCACCGGCGGCGUCCGAGGAUGCGGCCGUCGAGGAGACGGACGACAGCAACAGCGGCGACGCCUCCAACGAUUGCGGCUUCCUGAAAAGCAAAUGGGAAUGUGACACCACCGAGGAGAACCUGGCCCGCUUGGAUGGCACCAAGCGCCUGAUGCAGAGCCGCCGCACCAGCAUGGCCGACUAUCUGCAGCUGGAGGAUUGGGAACCACCCAGGACCUCCGCGAACGGCAAGAAGCGCGUCCGUUGGGCGGACAUCGAGGAGAAGCGCUCGCAGGAGAAGAUGCGAGCCAUCGGCUUUGUGGUGGGCCAGACGGACUGGAACCGCAUGAUGGACCCCAACGCGGGCAGUCGGGCCCUGAACAAAACCAAAUACAUCGAGCGCAUCAAGCGGCGCUAGUGGCCACUUACAGCCAUGCAACUGACACAAAAAACCCGGGAAAAUAGGGAAAAAACUUUCAGCAUUUCCACCAACCAAAAACACAGACCAUUUCCACACGAAUGGCUAUCGCCGUGCGUUAACAAAAGGCUCAAAGACCCCGAAUUACGUUUAAUCAUCCAUCACUCAAACGCUAUCAGUAUAAUUUCGCAACAUCAGUCAUUUAGGCGCUGCAUUUACAAAACGAAUGUUCAAUUUCGUUGCCCACACGAACAUCCGAUCGCGAUUCAAAUCCUAGCAAAAUAUAUAUCAAAUACGGGUGCAUUUUAAUUGUAAAUUAGAGCAAUUCGCCUUUUAAGGCGAAUGAUGCGCCCCAAUUUUUUUUAGUUUGACGAAAUAUAUAAAUGAGAUACAUGUA